UACCAACCCAAGCUCAUACCCGCUUCUCCCUCUUCACUAUUCUCUCUCUCUCUCUCUCUCUCUCAGCUAGUGCAGAACCCUAGAUUUUAGAGAGAGAGAAGCUGCAUCCCGACGGAGAAGCAAGGAAGAUAAUUGCGAGGUUGUGCCGAGAGGGAAAAGCGGCCAUGGAAACCCUAAUGGUGGACAGAGUGCAGAGCAGCCUGAGUCAAUUCAUGUGCCGGAACGCCAUCUUCCUCUGCGAACGCCUCUGCGCGGAGUUUCCCACCGAGCUGAACUUGCAAUUGAUGGCAACUUGUUAUCUGAGGAACAGCCAGCCUUAUUGUGCUUACCAUGUUCUUAAAGGGAAACAGAUGUCUCUAUCACGCUAUUUGUUUGCACUAUCAUGCUUCCAGAUGAAUCUCCUGAGGGAAGCGGAAGCUGCCCUGUGCCCAGCCAACGAACCAAACUCCGAGGUUCCAAAUGGGGCAGCUGGUCACUAUCUUCUUGGACUUAUUUACAGAUACACAAGCAGAAGGGCAUUUGCCAUCGAUCACUUUAUGCAGGCGUUGGCUAUAGAUCCUCUUUUAUGGACUGCUUAUGAAGAGCUGUGUGUGCUAGGUGCUGCGGAAGAGGCAAAUGAAUGCUUUAAUGAUGCAGUUGCUGUUCGAAUUCAGCCACAGUAUUUCUUUGAGUCAAGUUCUCAGAGCAUGGAUGGAGCUAGCGAGGAUCAUAGCAUACCUUCUAGUAGGACAGUGGGCUCACAAGAUAGUCCAAAGCAAUCAAAGCAAACGCAUGCUACUAACAAUAUCCCUUGUUAUCCUCAGGGUGUAGUAACUACAUCCGUGCAGUCAGCUAACUGCGUACCUUCUAAUUUAUCACUGUAUAACACACCUCCACCAUUAACACAGCUAUCUGGUAUUGUUCCACCACCUGUAUAUAGAAAUGCAUACUUGAACGCGUUAGGUGGUGAUGGUCCUUCCAAACCUAAUGCUCAUGCCACCAUUAUUCAGGCUCCAAGAAGAAAGUUCAUGGAUGAAGGGAAACUUAGAAAGGUUUCAGGGAGGCUUUUCUCGGGUUCGGAUUCUGGACCUAGAAGAAGUGCAAGACUUUCAGGAGAUGCAAUGGCUAAUGUUAAUCUCCAUUCCUCACAAACUGGAGCAAAUGGUACAAAUUACUCAUCCACAAAAUUUCUAGGAGGAUUCCCUUCAUCUAAAAUGGGCUCAACUGCCCUUCGUUCUGUUUCAAAUCGGAAGGGCCAACAAUUGUCUACUGAAAGUUUUGAUGAAGGGAGAAGACAAGAUACCUUUGAUGUUCCAUGGUCCCAGGCUUCUGCAGCAGCUUCAUCUUCAUUAUCGGUGAUCUCUGAUGGUGGGAAUACAGAGCAAGAUAGAGGAUAUCCAGCUAAUAGUGGAACUUCAGGUCAUGAAUCAGGAGUUAUAAAUGGUGCGAAGGAACUACUAUUUCUCUUACGAAUCCUUGGAGAAGGCUAUAGGCUUUCUUCUCUAUACAGGUGCCAGGAUGCUUUAGAAAUUUAUCUUAAACUUCCUCAGCAUCAGUAUAAUACCGGUUGGGUCUUAUCCCAGGUAGGAAGACUGUACUUCGAACUAGUAGAGUAUUUUGAGGCUGACCGGUUCUUUGAUUUAGCCCGGCGGUUAUCGCCAUGCACAUUAGAGGGAAUGGAUGGUUACUCGACUGUUCUAUAUCAUUUGAAGGAGGAAAUGAAGCUAAGUUACCUUGCUCAAGAGCUUAUCUCAAUCGAUCGAUUAUCUCCUCAAGCAUGGUGUGCUAUGGGUAAUUGCUACAGUCUACAAAGAGAUCAUGAAACAGCGCUAAAGAAUUUCCAACGUGCAGUUCAACUAGACUCAAGAUUUGCCUAUGCUCAUACGCUUUGUGGCCAUGAAUAUAUUGCACUGGAGGACUACGACAAUGGGAUAAGGUGCUUUCAUAGUGCGCUCCAAGUAAAUGAGAGACAUUAUAACUCAUGGUAUGGCCUGGGGAUCGUAUUCCUGCGCCAAGAGAAAUUUGAGUUUGCUGCACAUAAUUUUCAUAGAGCUUAUCACAUAAACCCACGCUCUUCCAUCAUCAUGUCCUAUUUGGGAAUGGCUUUGCAUUCUUUGAAGAGAAAUGAUGAGGCAUUGGUGUUGAUUGACAAGGCUAUUAUAGCUGAUAAGAAGAAUCCACUUCCAAUGUAUGAGAAAGCCAGCAUUCUCGUAAAUCUAGAGAGAUAUGAUGAGGCUCUAAAGGUUUUAAAGCAGCUAAUAGAGUUUUCUCCACGGGAGAGUAGUGUUUAUGCACUAAUGGGAAAGAUCUACAAAAUACUUAACAAGCAUGACAAGGCAAUGUUUUAUUUUGGAAAUGCCCUGGAUCUAAGGCCUCCUGCAGCUGAUGUUGCAAUCAUAAAGUCAGCGAUGGAGAAACUGAACUUACCAGAUGAAUUGGAGGAUUCAUUGUAAACUAAGUGUUUGGAGGAUGGUCUUGCGGUGAACAUCUAAAGCCGGCCUGCCUGGGCUUUCGGGUGAUUUGUUCUCAAAAGCCCCAAUGGAAAAGAAGUUCCCAGAAGCUGGUGCGGGUUAAAGAGUGUAAAAUAAACUAGUUUCAUUUUUGUAGCAUUAGGAUGUAAUUAGGAGAUUCAAUUUAUUACUCUUUUGAACUGUGUUAUGAUAAAUUCUCAUUUUUAAGUGCAAGAGCAAGAGGAGCGAAAAGGAAAAAGUAGUUGUUAUUUCAUUUUUUAUAUGGCAUUUAAUUUUAAUCUACAAGUGGCCAGCCCAUUUACCUUCUAAUAAUAGUUCCUAUUAAAGUUA